AUGGCCGUGUCGCAUGCGGGAGUCCGAGGGCGCGAGCGCCUCGGCGGGGGUCUCGCUGCCCGAAUGUCUACUCCUGCAUCAAUUGAUGAAUCAUCUGCUAAUGUUAGUCCCAUUGGAAGUGUGGGAAAUUUUGAUAAUGCUGUUAAUGAGGCUAACAAUGUUGAAGUUAAUGAAUCUCCCAUCGAUGUUGAAGAUGAUGAAGUAGAAGAGAAUCCAUUUGCAGCCAAGAAAAGAAAGAAGACCUCCAAAGUUUGGGAUGAAUUCAAAGAAGUUACUCUCUCGGAUGGAACAAAAAAGGCAGAAUUUUUUAAUCAUUUUAUGAGAACUGUUAGCCCUAAUUGGGAAAGAAUAAGUAGAGGCCUGUCAAAAAAAGACUGUAUAUCUGCUUAUGACAUUGAGAAAAAAAGAUUAACUUCAUUGUUGAAAGAAGUUGAUCGAGUUAGUAUCACUACUGAUUUGUGGACAUCUACGGUGCAAGAUGUAGAGUAUAUGGUUGUCACUUGUCAUUUUGUGGAUUAUGAUUGGAAAUUGCAAAAACGUAUGUUAUGCUUUCGUUCUAUUGUCCCUCCACACACUGGUGUUGCUGUUUGUGAUGAGUUAGCAAGAUGCAUUGCUGAUUGGGGUCUUGAGAAAAAGUUGAUGAGCGUCUCAGUUGAUAAUGCAAGUUAUAAUGAUGUUGCUGUGAAUUUGUUGAAAGCUAAUCUGAAUUUGAACAAUCAGAAUUUUAAAUCUCUUGGUUCAAGAUGGGCUUGUGACAUUACUAAGCAAUUAAAUCUGUCAAAUAAAAAGCUUGUUCUUGAUGUUUGCACAAGAUGGAAUGCUACAUAUUACAUGCUUCAAGCCGCUCUAGAUUUGAAGGAUGUCUUUCCUAGAUAUCAACUAAGAGAUUCAAACUACCAUUACUUGCCAUCCGAAGAAGAUUGGAGUAAAGUCCAAACUGUUUGCACAUUUCUUGAAGAAUUUCAUUAUGUUACAAAUGUUAUUUCAGGUUGUGAGUAUCCUACUUCAAAUUUGUUUCUCCUUGAACUCACAACUGUGAAGAAAGCUUUGUCUAAACAUGUGGAAGAUGAUAAUGAUUUUAUGAGACAAAUGGCAGCAAGAAUGAUUAGAAAGUUUGAUAAAUAUUGGGGGGACAAUAAUUUGUUGAUAUCAAUUGCAGCUAUUUUAGAUCCAAGGAAUAAGAUGACUUUGGUUGAGUGGGCUUUCCCUUUUUUCUAUUCAGUGGAUGAUGUUCCAAACAAAAUGAGUUUUGUUCGAUCAUCACUGUACAAGCUUUAUAAUGAGUAUGUAGAAGCUUUCAAGGCCAAGAGUGACAUAGAUACUCAAAGUCAACUUUCUGCUCCUACAACUUCUUCUUCAUCCAGUGCUAGUGUUGGUAGAUCAAGAGAAAGGGCUGAAUUUGAUAAUUUCAUUAGAAAUGUGGGUUCUUUUCAAUUGAUAAAGUCAGAAUUAGAUGUGUACUUGGAAGAAGGUGUUCACAUACACAAUGAGAGCAUUGAUCCUCCAUUUGAUGUCUUGGAGUGGUGGAAAGCUAAUUAUUUGAAGUUUCGGGUUUUGUCAAAGAUGGCUUGUGAUGUUCUAUCCAUACCAAUAACAACAGUACCUUCGGAGUCGGCUUUUAGUAUGACCAAAAGAGUUAUUGAGUCGCAUCGUGCUUCAUUAGCACCGGCUACGGUUGAAGCAUUGAUGUGUGGUGGAGAUUGGUUGAGAGCUUAUUAUGGGAUUCAAAGAAAAAAAAAAGGUAUUAUCACAGUUGUAGUGAGACUAUUCUGUAAAGUAAUUCCAUUGAGGAACCGAAGUGGAAAGCACAAGAACCUAAAUGGAUCUCAGCUACAAGAUUACAACACCAACAAAUAG